AACUCAGAUGUUGACAGUCCACUAGCCACUGUAAUGCUGCUUCUGCCACUCUUGUUGUUUUUUCCUUUGUUGCUGAAGUUGAUAUUUUCCAUGCAAAACAACGCUCUCUAUCGAUAUUCAACAGGGCGUGCUUCGUACGCGUUUGGUAAAUUCAAGUGCGAUCUCUUUCAUUACUUAUGGGAAAAACUAUCAUCUUUCAAGGUGGAAGAUAAGCUGUCCUGCACUUUUCUUUGUGUUGGUGAGCCAAAGUGUUAUUCGUUUAACAUGGCUGCUAAUCUUGAUCCCAAUGGUCUUUAUCUGUGCGAGUUGCUGGCCUCUGACAAGUACAGAGCUACAGAAAAGUUCUUUGCAAAUGCCACGUUCCAUCAUUUCAGUCCUCCGUCUCCUUGUGAAAGCGUACCUUGUAAAAACGCUAGUGUUUGCGUUCCUGAAUAUGUAUCGAACUCCUAUCGCUGUGACUGCAAGCCUGGAUUCUGCGGAACUCAUUGCAAACAAGGAGGAGAUAAAACCUGCAGUCAGAUCAAACUGUGUAAUCUCCCAAGUGGCUCUUACGUCAUCGACCCUGAUGGAAAUGGUGGAGUGAAACCUUUUAAAGUCUACUGUGACAUGACUGACAAGAACGGUGUUGGAGUGACAGUUGUCAGUCAUGACAGUGAAAGCAGAACACUGGUGAAAGGGUAUGAAGACAGAGACGCCUAUUCUCGCAACAUCAGGUACACAGAGGCUGAUAUGGCUCAGCUGGCAAACCUGACAGCUUCAUCAGCUCACUGUGAGCAGUUUAUAAAGUACGAGUGCCGUUACUCACUGCUCCUCGCAAAUGGUAACCCCCAAGGCUGGUGGGUGUCACGUGAUGGAGAGAAUAUGACGUACUGGGGAGGAGUUGAUUCCGUUGACUACAAAUGCGCAUGUGGCUUGAACAAUACAUGUGCAGGCACUAACGACGGAUGCAACUGCGACAAAAAUGACAACACCUGGCGAAAUGACAGCGGCUUCCUCACAGAUAAGUCUAAGCUUCCCGUGAAGCAAUUGAGAUUUGGAGAUACUGGAGGUUCGCAGGAAACCGGACAUCACACACUUGGAAAGCUCAAGUGCUUUGGACUCAUUAAGACUUAGCAUUUCUAGCGGGCUGCUUUUUAUAGACUCACCAGAUGUAUCCUUAAAGUGCAUCAUACAAUAUUUUUUACUCUUAACGUGGCACUGACUUUUUGCACCAACGUUGAAUGGUGAAUAGAUUUGACAGACUAUGCAUUAACGAUUUUAGAGAUGACAUAUUGGUUGAUUCUCUCCCUCCCUUCUAUCUGAUUCAAUUUGAGCGAAGUCUUUUUCCCUUUUUUUGAAAAUUUGAUAUAAUUUUUCAUUGAGCCAUGAUCAAGUUGGCCUCUGGACUGUUGAGUAAAUCUUCCAUACAGAGACGAGACCAAGCAGCUACGUAAAGUGGAAAAAGAGUGCCCGUUUAAUAUUAAUUUCUUGAAAGAUUCAAUCAAAUAGUAUGCGUAGCCAAUGCAUUAUGGGCUCAUCCACACCGCCCAGUUAUUCCUGUUCAGCGGGUGAAUCAGCACCACAGGUGCGCAAAAGUUGCACACACCUUGAGUUUGAGGGUUAUUCCGAGGAAAAUGUCCUUUGGAAUGUUUCAUCUUGCAAUUUCUACAGAGAUUACGGUGAAACCGGUAAAAUCAACUAUGUUGGAGGAAGAUAAGGAAUAACAAUAAACUUGUUUUUUAA